UGCACAGUAUAGCAGCAGCAUCAACUCAUCCCUUUGGGACGCAUCUAAACCCAAAUCAAACCAAGGAGGGAAGCUGAGAGAGGCAUAAAAGUUGGGCGAGUCUUCAAGAAGAGAGAGAUGCGAACCAGUCAGAGAAAAGAAGAGAAAUUAUUCUCUCAUGGGUUUCUUCUUCUUUCUCUACUAUUAGCAUGCUGGUCGUCUCCAGCUCUUGCUCAGAUAGAUCAGGACUUGGAGCAAUUAUCAUCACGGAUGAAUACCUAAAUGCGGUGUAUAUUAAUACCAGAAAAAACUCGGUGCUUUUAUGCUUGAUUUAGGAGUCUUGACCAAGAGCAAUCUGGUGUUCAUGAAGUUCAUUGCUCCAGGGAGAGAAGCCGAGCUGCAUGGAAAGUUAUAGAUGAGUAUUUGCUACCAUUCCUUGAACAAGAAAAGUAUGAGCUCUUAAGAACAUGUAGACUUCAUCCGAGUAAUGACAUUUUCAGAGAACAGGAGGAACACAAGAUUCAUGUGGAUAUAAAUGAUUGGCGCUGUGGAUAUUGCAAAAAAGUUUUCCGAGCUGAAAAGUUUCUUGAUCAACAUUUUGACAAUAGACAUUCUAAUCUUCUAAAUGUUAGUCAUAGCAAGUGCUUGGCAGAUCUGUGUGGAGCAUUGCAUUGUGAUCUUAUGGAACAGCCAAAACCUUGGAAGACAAAAUGCAACCCCGCUGCUGCUGCAAGGAAUCAUCAUUUAUGUGAGGGUCUUGCAAACAGCUGUUUUCCAGUUAACCAGGGUCCAAAAGCAUCUCGUCUCCAUGAGUUGUUUCUGCGCCAGUUUUGUGAUGCCCAUUCUUGCUCGGGCAAGAAAAAACCUUUUCCUAAAGGAGGCAGGAAACAUACAAAUAGAUUCUAUUUGGCAGCUUCAAUUUUAACUUUGAUGCUUCUUCCUUUCUUCUACCUAAUUGUUUACCUUUCUCAAAGAGAAAGAAGGGGAACUCAAAACUUGAGGAGGAUCACAAAAGUUGGGAAAAAGUCAAAGCCUUCGUAGUGGUUACGUACAAAAUGAAACAAAUUUUAGUAAGGAAUAUUACAGAGGAAGAAGAAAUGGAAGGGGCAAACUUAGCAUGGAAUUUGUUGUAACAUUUCCACAAGCAACCAAAUAACAAAUUUUGUUUGAGAGAUUACAUUUGAGAUUAUGAUAGAGAAUGCUCACUGUAGGGUAAUUCUUUCCUGCUCUUGCAUGUGUCAACUAGUGUGUGUUGUAAUAUUAAAAAAAUUACCAUUUAUGAUGUAAAAAAUAAAGAGCAUGGGCUACUUUUCUCUCAAGUUAUCCUUCUGUGUGUGUUGGAUAUCUGUCUAACCAGUUUUACCCAUAUCCCUCCAAGUUGGAAAAUUACAUUGUAGACC